AAGAAAAACCACAAGGAAUCGAGGAGGAGUGGGAGGCGAGGGAAGUCGUCAGAAAAAAAAAAUCCCUCGUCCGCGGGGCGAGCGAUUCGUCGUCACCCCUUUUCUCAGUCGCCGCCUGCUCCUGCUCAGAUCUGCGACGCCCCAAGCCCGACCUCGCCGGCGGCCGCGGCGGCCGAGGCGCGGAUCCAGGAUGCCUUCGCCCGUGCGGGGCUGCUGCUCGCCCCUGCGCCGCCUCCCCCGCGACGACGCGCUCUCCUGCCCCUCCGCCUGCUCCCAUCGUCUCAAACCUUGGUCUUGGCGUGCCCAACCCCUCUCCUCCUCCUAACGCUUGCAUCCGCCCCUCUAUCUGUCCACCCAUCCGUCUGCCCCGCUUCCUUCCUCCUAGAGUUCUAGUUCUACCUGCUGCCCUUGGCGCCUGCCAUUUCCUCUCGCGCACCGGCUUGUCUUGCAGGGUUUGGUGCUGUCUUGUGCUGGAUCGGAUUGGUUUGGGUCGGUUGCUCGCUCUCUGGAUCGGAUCUGCGCUGCUGGGAGUUAGCAUCGGUGCAGUGUGGUCGUACGCUUGCAGUUUCGGUGUAUCACUCUGCAAGCAGUAAGCCAGUGCCUUGAUGGAUGGUCGUACCCGCUGUCUCGAGAGAGCGCCAGUGGUGACCUCUGGUGACAACUCUCCUACAAGCGUUGCCCAUGCUGGUCUUCUGCCUCCGAUAGAGAGGUGCUGUGCUUCGGUUGAUGAAACCUGUGAAGCCGCAGAGGGUGGCAAUGGUUUGCUGGAGGCUCAGAUAUGUACGGGUUUCUCCCAGUCGAUAACUUUGGAGGUGAAGAAAGGCCUCCAGAAGUGUGCGACUUUCCCUCAACAGGCGGAUCACUCAUGCUCGAGUGCAGAUGAUGGGCACACGGGUGCCCCUGCUUAUGAGCGCUCGGUGUCCUUACCUCCAACUUUGAAGCUCAUCUCGGCUAUGAAAGGAGGCCGUGAAAAGAAUGGAAUGGCAUCACCAACUGAAAAUCGCCACGUCAAAUGGGCCCCUGACGUGUAUGAUCCCCCUGUGACGUCGGUAUGCCAUUCAGUGAAUAGCAGUUAUCAGCGGCGGUCCAAAUCCCGCAAGGAGAAGAACAAGCAGAAGAAUAAGCAGAAGAAGCAGAAGGGGAAGUCCAAGAAAAAUCACCAGAAUUCUAUACAGAGUUCAUCUGUAAUGCAGUUUCCUGAUCAUGGGUUGAAAGGUGUUAGCACUACUGGCGGUCAAUCUUCAGUAGACGAUCAUACGACCAUGAUCAUGGAUUACAGCAUGGGCAAUCAGGAAGCCAAAUGUGGAAGCAGCUUCAUGCAUGAGUCUGUUGCCAAAAUGCAUUUCUCGAUUGCUGAAGCUUCCUGAAAGGUGCUCGUGUUCUGCAGAUGCACCCUCAAUUCUGUAAAUAUGAUGGAUGUAUAUAAAUAAAUCCAGCAUGCUGUUGUUGUCGUGGGCGUUGUGUUGGGUUUGAUGUGUUUGAGUUAUGGCCUCGUUUGAUACUGGAGAAAUAAUUUUUGGACAGACUUUAACACUUUGUUCUGUAUGUUUUGGUGGACACAUAUCUAUCUCCAAUCCUUGGCUUUGUUGUUAUAGCCUUA